GGGAAGUUCUUGGGAAAGGAGAAGAGCCGUGCGGGGAAUUAUGAACGCGCCUCCGGCCUUCGAGUCCUUUUUGCUCUUCGAGGGGGAGAAAAAGAUUACAAUAAACAAGGAUACCAAAGUACCAAAUGCCUGUCUGUUUACCAUCAACAAGGAAGACCACACACUUGGGAAUAUCAUUAAAUCGCAACUGUUGAAAGAUCCUCAGGUGCUGUUUGCAGGAUACAAAGUCCCUCACCCCCUUGAACAUAAGAUCAUCAUCCGGGUCCAAACCACUCCCGACUACAGUCCCCAGGAAGCCUUCACCAAUGCUAUCACAGAUCUCAUCAGCGAGCUCUCCCUGCUGGAGGAAAGGUUCCGGGUUGCCAUAAAAGACAAACAAGAGGGAAUUGAGUAGUUAAAUGUCAUUUAGCACCUUUGUAAAUAACUAGUUUUUCAUGUUUGUAAUUCUUAUUUGCUGCUUUGUAACUUCCAAGAAGUGUUAUUUCCUGACUUCUGCAUAGGUUUCAUUGUGAUAGAUACAGUGUUUGUUGGCUAAUAAAAGUUUGUUUCUAAUAUGUGAGAUGAUGAUCUCUGAUCAUUAUUUUCUUAGCUGAAGUAUAUUCAUUUGUUCUUCAUUACAACAAGACUCCUAUAGAACAGGAAAGGGUUUGUGCUACUGUGGAUGCAAGGUGUGGAAUGGUCUGUUCUGAGAGCUGACAAAAGACGAUAUUUGUCUGUUCUGAGAGCUGACAAAAGACAAGGACCCGCCCACC